AUGACGCUGCCGGUAGACUCGACGUCAAUCCUGUACCUAUCGGAGGCGCCGAAUCGCGGAGGAAACACAACGCCCUCGGUCAAUCCAAAGCAAGCGAGUGGCAUCUUGAAGAACGUCGUGGACCGGCAGGCCGAGGAGGAGACGAAGAAGAUAUCCCUCAAGGGCAAGCGGCACGCUUGGCUCGUCGAUGGAAUUCAGGAUGGACAGGUUCGAGGCCAUGUGCAGGAUGGUGUUGUUGAUGCUGAUGCUGAAGGGAACCUGUUUCGUGAAUGGCUUAGCGAUAGCCUUGCAUCUUCCCCAGUGAGUGGGUGGGUGGUCGUGAUGCAGAUAUCCGUCGAUCUAUUCAUCUAG